AUGUUGCAAUCGGGAAGCGCCAGCGGUGCAAGCUCGUCAGGCAGCCUGAUAUCUUCACAAGGGUCGCAGCAGCUCGGACGUCAAACUCACUUGCCCACCACCUUGCUCUAUCACCAAAGAUGGGCAUCCCAUUCUUCCCAAGGGUCAUUGUCCAAGCCGGUGACAUGCAAGCUCGCAGGACUGCGUGCCUUCGCAGCCACCCCGAGCCCAACGGGUGAAGGCGGUGCAGGUUCUGCAAAAAACGAAGUGCACAGCUCCCAUCUCGCAGUGUUUGUCUCAGGGGGCGGCUCGAAUUUCAAAUCAAUACAUGCAGCCUGCCAACGGGGUCAGAUUAAAGGCGAGGUCGCCCUUGUGGUCAGCAACGUUCCCACCUGUGGCGGCGUGCUGUACGCCCAGGAUCACGACAUCCCAACCCUCAUAUACCCAGCCUCCAAGAAAAAGUCAGUCGAGGGCAUGACUGCUGAUGAGUUGCUGUCAGCCCUCAAACACCAAUUUGAGGUGGACUUCAUCCUUCUUGCUGGCUACUUGAGGCUCAUUCCUCCCGAAAUCGUGCGGGCCUAUAACUGCAGAAUACUGAACAUCCACCCUGCCCUCCUGCCAGCAUUUGGUGGCAAGGGAUUUUAUGGGAUGCGGGUGCAUGAGGCUGUUGUGGCCUCUGGGGCUCGCUUUUCGGGCCCAACAGUCCAUUUUGUGGAUGAGGAGUUUGACAGAGGACCCAUCCUGGCGCAGAGGGCCGUUCCAGUGUACCCAUCCGACACCCCUGGGGAUGUGCAGGCAAGGGUGCUGAGGCAGGAGCACAUUGUGUACCCAGAGUGCGUAGCAGCACUGUGUGAUGGACGGGUCUCCUGGAGGGACGAUGGUGUGCCAAUCUUGUGGGAUGGAGGCAAGCAAGUGUAG